AUGAUAUCAGUAUUGCCCAUGAAUGAUCAUUUCAUUAUGUAUUUUCUAGCAAAUCAUCAAGUCUUUUUCCAAUUAUUACAAUUAAUCAAACCGAAUAAACAAAAUCAAUUAAUUUAAACUAAAUUUCUGAUCAAUCGAAUGAAUGAUUUUAUCGCUCUUGUUCUGGAAGUGUUCCCUCCUGAUCAUCAACUAUGGAUGGAUCUAUAAAUUAAGGAUUAACAAUUAGAAGAAGUUAUUGCUCAAAAUUAAAAUUAUUUCUCUGAUCUACUAAUGCUCUAUAUCCAAGAGAUGGAAAUUCGCUAACUCAAGGAUAAAAAACUAGGAUACAAAGGAAAAUACACUACCUAAUACAGUGAAGAUUUCAGUGAUAAAAUAAAUAAAGACAACACAUCAAUUAAUCGAUGGAUUUAUGAUCGAAUCAAAUAAUCAAACACAUUUCUAUAAAACAUUAGUACUUACAAUCAACAUUACAUUCCAAAACGUUACGAUAAGAUUGGCAAUUUCAAACCAGACCAUAAACCUAACUUAAAUGAAAUAUCUUGUCUCUCCUCUUAUGCUGUCAAUUAUAGAGACUGGAAGAAAUAAUAUCAUGGUCUCAUUGGUCCCAUUAAUUCCUCUAGCGAGAAGAAACUACCAUUUGUAGCUGAAACCAAUUACACUCGAAAUUUCGUCACACAAAAAUAUGAAAAACAAGAUCCUAUCAUCCCUAAAUAAUUAGGUCCAUUCCCAAAUCAACCAAAAACUCUGAUUCGAGAUACUACACACAAAUCUUAGUUAUAGUCAAAGAAACAAUCCCAUUAAAAGCUUAAAUGGGUCUUAAAUUUUGAUACAAUAUUAGCCAAUUAUGGUCUAAUUAUUAGGGUAGUCUUUUAGUUCUUAUUAGAUUUAUUUAAGGUCCAUUUGCAUCUAUUUUGA